UUUUCAUUUGCCUUCUCAGGGUAAAAGACUUAAUUUUCUGUGUCUUUAAAAGCCGAUUGUGAGAUGUUGUAGGCGAAAUUAAGCAUCAAGUGUGUCAACAAACUCUGUGUGGAAUGGAGUUUCCAGAAGAUUUCAACCAGCUCGAGCUGCUCGACACCCACGGACACCUGAUCCCCAGAGGGCCCACGAGUUCCUGGACGGCGAGCAAGGACGAGGAGGAGGACGUGGACGAGGAGACGCACAGCGAGGAGUGGUAUCAGGAAAAGGAGGACGCACUCAAAGACAACCCGAAGGAGCUCGUUCUCUGGGCAGCAGAGAAUAACCGCCUCACCACCGUCCUCCGUUUGCUGGCUGCCGAUCCUCUGCUGGUGCACUGCUGCGACGAGGACGGCUACACCCCGCUGCACCGUGCGGCGUACAGCGGCCACGUUGAAGUCGUGAAGACUCUUCUGGCCGCCGGCUCCGUGGUAAAUCACCGUACGGUCGACGGCUGGACGCCCCUGCACAGCGCCUGCCGAUGGAGCCACGUCGCCGUGGCGAGUUGCCUCCUGCAACACGGCGCCCAGCUUAACGCCCAGACCAACGGUGGCCUCACACCGCUGCACUUGGCCGCCUCCCACUCGAACUCCUCCAAGCCGAACACGGCGCACAUUUUAGAGUUCCUCCUCUCCAAGAGGAACCUGAAGCCUGCGCUCCGCAGCAGCAGCGGGGAAACGGCCCGCGACGUGGCCCGACGCAGCGGCCCGUAUCACUUUUUGUUUGAGAUGGUAGAGGACUGCAUUAACGCGGUCCCAUCUGUUACAGCAUCUUAAUCUGACUUGUUUUUAUGGAUUAUUCCAACUAGCUUUUAUGUUUCUUUGAGAUAAAGAAUCUUUGCAGCAUGAUGCGUUACCUGGGGAUGGUAUGGAUAGGAUGAGGUGGCACAAAAGUGACAUUUUGUCACAUCUUCAACACUUUUACUGAAUUGCUACAGGACUAAACUUUAGUCUUCUUGGUUCUUUCUUUUACCAGUGGAUUUCUCUUUUUCCACUCUUUCUAUAAAGAGCAGAUUGGUGGAGAGCACAGCAGAGCCGUACCUCUGCCAUCUACAGUAAGCACUACUUUUGUCAGUCUAUCACGUAAAAUCUGAAAAAAUUCAGUUAGUUUUGAAUACAAACUGAAAUGACCAACGGGUAUGAACCGUUCUGUAAGAUGUCUGAUUCAGUCAAAGUUGGGUCAGCCUGUGAAUGAACUACUUGUUUUGUUGUUGUAGCUGUAUGAUGGGUUAAAUAUGGUUAAAUGAAGCUACAAAUAAAGACUUGAAAUUGAACCUGG